AGCCUCGCUUCCGUGUAUCCUCCUCUUUCCCCCUCCCAUCGCUCGGGAAGGCGAAGGGUCAAGGCGUCUGGCACUUCAGCUUGUCCCGCUUGCAGCUUGCUCCUGGAGUCCUGGUUGCUCCGUCUUCUCCGGUCGGGCUCUUGUCCGACGAACGUGUGGCUGUGGCACUCGAGGAAGUACACUGAGCAGAGCAUUCCAUGGAGCUCGAGGCGAUCGGAAAGCGACUCCGUAUAAGCAGCGGCAGCAGCAGCUUGGCCCGCGACAGGCUGACCUCCCUGCCGGAUUGUGUCAUCCACCACAUCAUGUCCUUCUUGAGGGCCCGUCAGGUGGUGCAGACCUGCGUGCUGUCCACCAGGUGGAGGCACCUCUGGCGCUCUGUGCCAUGCCUUGACAUUGACCAGGACGAGUUCAAGGCCGCCGGCUCGAACCGCAUCACAGAGAAGGAACGGGAGCACUUCGAGGACUUCACCGACCACCUGCUUAUACCUAAUAAUAUUUCCAUUGCGCUCCUGGAUACACUUCGUCUGCAUGUUAGCGAUGAUGAAUAUUAUCAUCGUGGAGCAUCAGUUAGAUGGAUCCGUCAUGGCAUAAAGUACAGUGCCCAGAAUCCUGGCAUUAUGCACAAGGAAUCGAACUUAGCCUUUUGGCGCCUCAAAAAACUACACCUCUCCGGUGUAUAUCUGGAUGGCAGUUUCAUGAAGCAUGUCAGUUCAGGGUGCCCGUAUUUGGAGGUUCUCGAGCUCAAAGAUUGCCCGUGCACAUUUGAAGAGGUCACAUCCCACACACUGAAGAACUUGAUUCUGGAAAAUUGCGGAUGCAAUGGGCUUUAUGGGAUUACAAUUACAUCACCCACGCUGAAGAGUUUAACAAUUAUUGGUAGUGAAUAUUACAACACAAUUACGCUGGUUUUGAAGGCCCCUGCUGUUGCUUAUCUGCUCCUGGAUGUGAUUGCUUAUUUUGUUAAAUUCGGUGUUUCAUUUGAUGAGAUGUCAUCUCUUGCCAAGGCUUCAAUUUAUCUAAGGGACUGUGUAGGAAGUGGACUCAGCAAGCACCAAUUCAAGCUUCUUUGUAGUGUGUUUAAUGUGACAACUUUGGUGUUGUCAGGUUUCCAGACAAUGGUGAUCAGUGAAGAAUUCCCAGAAUUCCGUAACCUUUUGACCUUGUUAUUGGAAAAAUGUGAUCUUAGUGAUAACUUCCAGAUGUUGGCAAACUUUCUUCAGCAUUCACCUGAUUUGGAGAAGCUCACUUUGGGCCGUUGCAAGUUCUCAAAAGAUCCCAAGAAAAAGAAAGGAAAAGCCAGAUUGAGCAAGGGGUGUCUGAACCAGUUUAACGUCCGGUGCAAGAACCUCAAGCUUACUGAAAUUAUCUAUGAAGACGACGAUGCGAAAAAGGUGGUGGAACUUUUGUGGAGCAUGUCAGGGGACCUGCCCAAGAAUUACAUAAAACUCACCAAGGUUGACCCGGAUCAUCCUUAGUCCAGGUCAUCUGGCACUUGGUCACACAGUGGCUUCUAUGAACUUUGCUUGCAUGCCUCCCCUGUGUUUAGACGUCCUUAGUUGAACUGCUGGGCGUGUUCUUUUGGACUCAUUUCUAGAUAAUUUAGUUCUACGAGCUAUGGUACUUAUUUUGUGUGGUCUGCAGCUCGAGACUCUAGUCCUUAUGGUGUAAGCUUGCAUGCUUCAAAGGGAACAGAAAAUUGCAUGUUUGCUUCGUUUCCUUGUAUAUCCGGUUUCAAGUUUGGUGGA